GACUCGAGGGCAUUGGAGGAGGAGCCCGCAGCCGUCCAGCCCCGCGGAGCGAGUUCUCAGCGGACACAACAUCUUUGUUGGCAGCCUCAGCACCUGGUGUAGGCGGCCAUGGGGAAGCGAUACUUCUGCGACUACUGUGACCGGUCCUUCCAGGACAAUCUCCACAACCGAAAGAAGCACCUGAAUGGGCUGCAGCACCUCAAGGCCAAGAAGGUGUGGUACGACAUGUUCCGAGAUGCAGCUGCCAUCUUGCUGGAUGAGCAGAACAAGCGGCCCUGCAGGAAGUUCCUGUUGACAGGCCAGUGUGACUUUGGCUCCAACUGCAGAUUUUCCCACAUGUCAGAGCGAGACCUGCAAGAGCUGAGCAUCCAGGUGGAGGAGGAGAGGCGGGCCAGGGAGUGGCCUCUGGACACCCCCGAGCUCCCUGAGGGCCACCUGGAGGACUGGCUGGAGAAGAGAGCCAAGCGACUGAGCUCAACCCCGAGCAGCAGGGCUGAACCCAUCAGAGCCACUGUCUUCCAGUACCCCAUAGGCUGGCCGCCGGUCCAGGAGCUGCCUCCAUCCCUGAGGGCACCCCCACCCGGGGGGUGGCCCCUGCAGCCAAGAGUGCAGUGGGGUUGAGCCCCUUGCCCCUGCUACCUGGUCAGCGCUUAUCUGUCAUAAUAAAGACAAUUGCUCCUACUGGG